UAACGAUUUACCUUGGAGAUUUAAAAACCGACCAGGCAUCGCGAUGGUCACGGCCAUGGAGGCGGCGCUUGUGGGCCAGGUGCAGCGCUAUCUGAACCUCUACGUGUACGACAACGCGCGGUUUCUAGCAGAGCGGCUCGUUGCACAUGUAUGUGUCGCUUGUGGUGCAUUUUGGCGCUGUGGAACAACUGUUUAAACGAAAGUAUCAAUGCCGUUUUGACACCUUUUCGUCGCUUUUGACAGCACCCGAGCGAGGAGAACGCUCUGCUGCUCGCCACGUGCUACUACCGCAAAGGGCAAACGGCUCGAGCAGCAGAAGUACUAAACGGCGCGUUGCGGGCUGAGAAUCGCUACCUGUUGGCAUGCUGCUGCUUCCAGCAGAACCAGAUGGCCGAAGCUGAGAACGCGCUACUAGGAGGCGAAAAGUGCAACAUCGACGACCCAGAUACAAUGGAGAACGUUCCGGCAGGAGCUGCUGGGCUGUAUCUAUUAGGUCGAGUCUGCAGACGUGGGAACAGGAGGCAACAGGCCGUGACCUUCUUUGUAAAGAGUUUGGAGAUGGAUCCGUUCAUGUGGUCGGCGUACGAGGAACUGUGUGAGCUCGGAGCUAACCUUGAGGCUUCGAGGUUUUUCGGAGAUGCGAAUUACUUCGAAUCGGUGGGAGCGGACGAGGAGUUUGGAUCGAGGCUUGAAUUCAGUGAUCGGACUGUGAAAAGUGGAUCACAGUUUGGUGGUGAGGACGAUAACAACGCUGAGGAUCGUUCAACUGAUGGAACGUUCGCAACACCGGAGCCACCACCGAAUCUUGGUCUCGCUACUCCAGAAAGUCCGUUGUCCUCAGGGAUCAGCACAUCUAGGCCGAUAGCGUAUAAGACGCCGAAUAUGAACAACAACAACAACAACAACAACAACAACAACAACAACAACAACAACAACAACAACAACAACAACAACAAGAACAACAACGGGAACGAUAUCCACACUGCGACUGUGGUGAAGAAGCCACGAGUAGAGGAUUUUGGGGCACCCGCACGUCAAAGGAAAGCUCACCGACGACCACUCGCAGACAGUGACGAAAAGUACCGACCGAAUGCAAGACUGUCGUUCUCUGCUGUCGGAUUCGACGACUCUCCACUGAACCCAUCAAAACUAUCACUAGGCUCUCCAACAUCUCCACUGCCCACUCGACACUUUUCCCAGGACAAGACACCGGCUCCUGGUUUUUCCCAUAAAGGAUCUUCGCACCAAGUUGAUGGUCGACACGAGCUGCUAUGUUUGCUUACUUCGUUUGGCUCUAUUUAUCAGAAAAUCAGCGUUUACAUGUGUCGAGAAGCUCUAGAGUUGCUGAAGAUGCUUCCUGCUUCACAGCGUGCGUCUGGUUGGGCGCAGCAGCAGAUUGGACGAGCACAUUUCGAAAUGGCCGAUUAUGUACGAGCACAAGAGGUAUUCUGUGCCUUACGCAGAGCGGAGCCGCAUCGAAUGGAAGGUCUCGACUUGUAUUCGACAACAUUAUGGCAUCUCAAGAAGGAAGUGGAGCUUUCAUAUCUCGCUCAACAAGCCACAGAUUUCGAUAAGCUAUCGUGUGAAGCGUGGUGUAUUGCUGGUAACUGCUUCAGUCUGCAAAAAGAGCACGACACAGCAUUGGCUUUCUUCCAGCGGGCAAUUCAACUCGACCCGUCAUUCACAUACGCAUACACACUUUCAGGUCACGAGUACGUCGCAAAUGAGGAUUUUGAGAAGGCCGUGAACUGCUAUCGACAUGCUAUUCGUACCGACUCGCGGCACUAUAAUGCUUGGUAUGGUCUGGGCACGAUCUAUUACCGGCAAGAGAAGUUCGAGUUCGCAGAGUACCAUUUCAAGCGCGCAUUGGAGAUCAAUCCGCGGAGUUCGCUGCUACACUGCUUCCUUGGUAUGGUUCUCCAUGCCACACAUCGAUACGACGAAGCACUAGCCACACUUGUGGUCGCCGCUGAGCUGCAGCCGCUGAAUCCUCAAGCCCGCUUCCAGCGUGCCAAUGUGCUGAUCACACUGCAGCGAUACGAAGAGGCUUUGGAGGAGCUCCAUGUUGUCAAGAACUUUGCGCCGCGUGAGUCUUCUGUGCACUUCAUGAUGGGCAAAGUGGCUAAGAAACUCGGUCGUAUCGAGGAGGCCAUGAAGUAUUUCACCUUGGCGCUGCACUUCCACCCCAAGGACAAUAACCAGAUCAAGGUAGCCAUCGACAAAAUCAACGAACCCGAUCAUGACGACGAUGACAGAAUGUAGUAGCCCAUACCCAAAUCAGACGUAGCAUCACGUCUGCAUAUAGAUAACCGCAAUAUCAAUGAGCACAUUGCAGUGCCGCCACCAUGAUUCUCAUAGCCACAUAAACAUGGUGAGACCAUCCAUCACAUCGC